AUGUCCGACACAGCCUUUUCCCUCUUCACCUCUUUGCGCUAUGAUGUUGAGCUGAGGCAAGUUGCAUCUAGCGGCUUGACGUAUGCGGGAUGGAAUUAUGACCGCGAAUCCCCAUUGUACAUGCUCGACUUUCACAGAGACCGCAUCCUGAGGGCCGCGACUCACUGGCAAUGGGAGAACGUCAUCGGAAAGCUCACAGGCGAUGAGGGUCUUGCACUGCUUGAGGCCACGACCCUGCAAGCCAUCAAAGAGUCGGAGACGCGACCCAUGAGAGUAAGGAUCGUGGUGAACAGGGACGGCACCAUCCAGGUUGUCAAAUUCGAGACUCCGCCAAUUGCUCUGAAAAACUUGUUUCCAGAGCGGCUACCGGCCCCUGGAUCAGGUUCAGGACCCAAGGACCCCAAGCCUGAACCGCAGUUGACCUUGGUAGUCGAUGACUGUCCAUUGUCAAGAUCAGAGUUCACACAUUACAAGACGACGAGCCGGGGCAUGUACGACGCGGCCCGUCAAAGGGCGAAUAUCCGACCUGGAGAGUUGAAGGAAGUUCUGGUCAUCAACCAAGAUGACCGUUCUGUCAUGGAAGGCAGCACGACCACGCCAUACUUUUGGCGGGACGGGCGUUGGAUCACCCCUCCUGUGGCCGCCAAGUUCAGUUGGGAAGACGGAAGCGGCGGCCAAGAUGGAACCUCGAGGCGCUGGGCUCUUGAAAGGUGA